AUGGAAUUUCGGAGUAAAAAGAUACCGGCGGGCGGCGGGAGGUGGCAGCAAACAAUGAAAAUCGCAAACCAACUUGGAGUUCUUAAUGCGUUGCAUGCAGCAAAGACACAAUGGUACCAUUUCACCGCAAUUGUGAUUGCUGGAAUAGGUUUCUUCACUGACGCUUAUGACCUUUUUAGCAUCUCUUUUAUCACAAAAUUGCUCGGUCGUAUUUACUACUUCGAUGCACUUUCUGAAAAGCCUAGAACUUUGCCUCCUCGUAUUGCAGCUGUUGUUAAUGGUGUGGCCUUUUGCAGAACUUUAGCUGGACAACUUUUAUUUGGCUGGCUCGGUGAUAAAUUAGGACGAAAACGAGUUUAUGGACUCAACUUGAUGCUCAUGGUGAUCUGUUCCAUUGCCUCUGGACUUUCCUUCGGAAAGUCUCCAGAUGGUGUAAUGGCAACCCUUUGCUUCUUCAAGUUUUGGCUUGGUUUUCACAUGCUGCAGUCAUUGCAGUGA